AUGGCUGAACAAAAAACUGAAGAAGAAGUUACCGAAUUAUUUCGCGAAGAUUUUGCUGCCUCCGAUCCAAGUGACAUUGAUAUAAAUCUUCAAAUUGAAUGUGAGGUCAUUGUAUACAAAAUUAAAAAGCAACAAUUGACAACAUCUACAACAUCGACAGCAUUGAUAACAAAUAGAAAGCGUCCAACUACUGUUGCUAAUUCUCAAGUGUUGAAAAUACUUAAACAAACAAAAUUUCCAUUAAAACCAGGGCCUGAAUGUUAUUUUGCCGAUGACAUAUCACCAAUAGAACUUUUUGCAAUAAGUCACGAUCAAUCUGACAAAUCCAAUAUUACGUCACUACAAUCAUAUGAUAUUGUGUUACACUUUCAUAUUUAUUGCACUAACUCCAAACUAUGGCCACCAGUGAAUUCUUCAAUAGAAUAUUCACGUGUGCUCAAUUGUACGACUCCAUUAAACUUAAUAAAUAAUCUAGUUGACUGUUCCGAGAGAGAUCAAGUGCUAUAUUCUCAAAUUGACAUUGUCCAUUCUGGAAAAUUAAUUAGUGAUGGAAACUAUGAAAAUCAUGUGUUGAUAGCAAAUAAUAAUAAAUCGUCAUUUUCAAAAUGGAAAUUAAGAUUUUCAGUUUAUUGGGAUUACAAAACAAAUCUUCGGUUAAAAAAGCUUGAACCAGUGAUCAAAUGCAAUAAUAAUGACACUAUUAUUCGAAAAAAUGAACAAUUGCCAUCGAUGAAAUUUAUAUUUCAUGCUUCUGAUUGUGAAUUACAUCAAACUGUCAAUGGAUUUCAAUGUCCUUGGUGCACUAUACUUACCUUUAACGAUUUUAUAAGCUUGAUGCAACACUUAUACACUACUCACAUACAUUUCAAAUAUAAGAAUAAUAAUGAAAAAGUUACCGAAACACCAUCCAUAUUAAAACUGUCAAAAAAAACCUUUUAUCAUUGUUAUUCAUUUAUGCCUUACAGAAAGAAUACAAAUAAAUUGGAGCUUGAGGAUAAAAUUUGUAGACAUUGGUUGACACAACAAAACAACGAGGGACAUUCAGAUGAAAACUUGCCAAAUCUUAUUAGAGAAUUUUCAACUUCAUAUAAGAAGCGAAUAGUAGAACAAGAUUUGAUUUUUGAUUUUACAAAUCAUUUAUAUAAACUUAAUGAACAUAACCUUAUUGAUGAUAAUUGUGUGGUUGAUUGUUUGAAUCUAGUUAAUUAA